AUGUCGAGUAAAAUAUCCAAAACUUUAGUAAAAUCAAAGAAAUCUAAAUCUAAACGAUCAAGUCGCAGCAAAAAUGCAGCAAAGACAAAAGUCGUUGUACGUCGGUUACCACCACUUAUUCUUGAGCAAUCGUUCUUUGCAUCCGUUGAACAAUGGGUAAACAAAGAAACUUGUAAUUGGUCACGCUUCCACCAAGGUCGUAUUAGCAAGAGUAAGAAUAAGGAAAGUAUAUUUUCUCGUGCCUAUCUACACUUCAAGACUGUUGAACAGGUUUUAGAAUUUCAUCGUGGUUAUGAUAAUCAUUUGUUUAUUGACGGUCAAGGCAAUGAAAAUAGAGCCGUUGUAGAGUUCGCAAUUUAUCAAAAACUACCAAAAGAACACAAGAAACCAGAUCCUAGACAAGGAACGAUUGAAACUGAUCCCGAUUAUAUCGCGUUUCUUGAAUCUUUGAAAGUGGAGGAAACCCAACAUGCCACAAUGAAAGAGCCAGGUAUAUUAUUAGAAAGUGGAGCAACGCAAUUGGAAAGAUUGGAGGCCCGUUUGGCAAAUGCUGCUGCAAUCAUUGCAGCAAAUGCUGUUGAAAAACCAAAAACUACUCCACUUCUUGAACAUUUACGCGCUUUAAAGUCUGCUGCAAAGUCUAAAUCUCAACCAUCAAAACAGGUUCAAAUAGCUAUUCUAUCACCACCAGGCUCACCUGCAAAAGGAAUUAGUUCGAAGGCUGCAAAACAAUCACAACAUUCACGAGCGGUGCACGCUAAUGAAGCUAAUCAAUCUUUUCAAAACACAGCUUCAGAAUCUAGUAUGUCAGAACCUCCCAUUAUUACUAUUGUUCCCCGACCACAAAUCGAAGAAAAAGAAAAGGAAACUAGGAGAGCACCUGUUAAAAUUACGAUUCAACAACGACAAAAGGAACAAAUUCGUCAAUUCAUCCAGCCUUCAUUGACAAAAAAGGAAUUAGAUACUAUAGAAAUUAAUUCAAAAGAAACGAUUGACAAAGAGAUAGAAAUCAAUGAAUCUAGAGUAACAGAUCAAAAAGAUAUACAGAAGGAAAUAUCUAAAAGAGAUGAUAAAGAUGCUGUAUCUAAAACAUUUUCGAGCACAUUUAAUACGGCAGUCACUAGUACUUCAAUUAUGAAUAAUCCAUCAUCAAGUUAUCGUCGUCGAAAUAAAAAACACAGCACUGAUGUUAAACAACCAAUACAGAUUCAAAUAUUGACAAAACCACAAAACCAAUCAGCUGAAUCUAACAUUACCCCUAACAACAACAAUAAUACCAUCAAUAAUGCUACCACCACCACAGCUUCUUCAGCUUCUUCAAGUUCUGCGGCUGCUUCAAACGCACCACCUCCAAUAAGACGUAGAGGAUAUUUCGGUAAGCGUGGGGGAGGAAGAUGGUAG